AAAUUUUGUUAUCUUCAAAGCUCAGAAAAAUUAUUUUUUUCUUCCUCCAAAGCUUUUGAAAUUGUCGCCCAAUAUGGCAGACACAACAACCAUUGUCGAUCUGUCAGAUGAUCAGAUUGAACAGCUUCUUAAAGAAGCUGAGAUCAGAUUACAAGCAAAAUGUCAGGGACAAGAUAGCAAGGCUGUCGCAAUUCCCUCCAAAUCGGACGUCGCGAAGACCUCUAAACCCCAAGCCUCGCUAUUGAAGUCGGCCCCCCUAACAUCAAAGGACAAUGCCAAGUCAGAAGAGCUUUCGGUAAGGAUACCUGAGGUCAGGCGAUCAAAACAAGAGAUGGCUGUCAAGACAGAUGCCGGAUCGUCUUGGUUUAACCUCCCCAAGACCGAUCUUACCCCCGAACUUAAGAAAGAUCUGCAGCUACUGCGUAUGCGUGAUGUGCUAGAUUCGAAGCGAUUCUACCGUAAAGACAGCUCAAGAUCCUUGGUUCCUGAAUUUUCUUCAGUCGGGACUAUAGUUGAGGGACCGACCGAUUUCUUCAAUGCCAGAUUAACCAAGAAGGAGAGGAAACGCACUCUUCUUGAGGAGGUUCUGGAGACGGAAGACAUCACCCGCAAAUUCAAGAACAAGUAUGGCCAAAUUCAAGAAACUAAGGCUAGUGGUAAGAAGGGACACUACAAGAAGAUGAUGGCGAAGCGAUAUGGCAACAAAAGAUGAACGUCUAGCAUCGCCUCUACCAGAUUCAGAUCUUGAUUAUGCGCCGCAUAGUAUAUACCCGGGCCAAGGCUGAGGCGGGAUGUUUCCGAAGCCACUCCUAAAUAUCAGGGGGCGACUGGCUAUAAUAGUCACUCCCUGCUGAAAUCAACUUUUCGGGCUGGAGAUAGAUGCAAUCUCUAAGCUACUUGUAGCAUACCAAGUAUGAGAUUACCUAGUUACCUGACUUCUUAGGAACUUGUUGCAUACAACAUAUAUCGGUUUGGUAAUGGGGUCAAUCCAUCUCAACUGCGUUAUAGGAUACACAACAGUCUCACUCAAGGCUAGACUAUCUAGUGCAAUACAAACCUCGCCUGAAGAUACGGCAAGGGGUUUUGAAUUGAACUAUAUGGCAGAUUCUAAACGAAUAAAAAGAAAUUAUACCUAACUACCUACCCGGUAUUACCUGUAUUCACAUAUUUCGUCCUAUAAUGAUUAAUAGGUGCCCUAUGAAAGCAAUGCCCCGAGCUAUCUUCAGGGCCUCCGUAUGCAUAGUUAGCUCUUUUAAAUAAUUUAUAUAUGCAUCUCCUUCC